ACUUUUGAAGCAUUUAUUCAGUAACAAAGUUGGAUGAUAGGUUGUUGACAUUUACAUAACUCUUCAGAAUCAUUUAAAUAAACGCUUCAACAAGAGAACAAACAUUGAUAAGCAAGUUACUGUAGAAGCUACAGUGAAAUUAAGGAGAUAUCAAAAUGCUUGCAGCGCUGACCAUUCUUGUUCAUCUUUUGGCAAUACACGCUGUGACAGGUGCAAUGUCAGGCGAUGAGUUCAGUUGUCACAGAUUUUCGGAUGUAUAUCUCAGAUUUAAGGAUUGUUUACGAGAGGAUGAUGUUUUGGAUUUUAGACGUAUAAUUAAUAAUAUGCUGCAGAGUGAUGGUGUUAUCAAAGGCGAUGAAAUCCUUACAGAACUGACGCAGGUCUGCAGUAAUCGAGAGACUGCAGAAAAAAUCGACUCCUGUGUUGAAAGGAUCGUCACAGACUGUCCGACACUUGAAGAGAUAAUACAUGAUACAGUUGGAAACAAGAUUUCAUUCUUCUGUGAGAACGAUAAUCCGUCAAGCAUGAUCAGUGAAGUAUUGCAGCAUGAUUAUAUGUAUAACGUUGAUUGUUCCUCUGAGGAAAAUCAAGUGUAUGAAAUAUUCUGGGAAUGUGCACAAGAGGCCUACUCCGAAUCAGAAGGGAUAGAUGUCUGGAAUGGGCCUGUGAGCGAUGCUCUGUCAAUAUAUACACAAAUAAGGGAAGUAUGGUUUCAGUGUACUCUGCAAGAAGAAAGAAAUGAAGAUCAAAGUGUAUUAGCAUGUGGGGCAACAUGGCAGGACACGCUGAUAUAUUUUUGGAUAUCGAUCUCAGGCCAUGGUUACCUUACACCAACACUUACAGCAAGUAACGUGGCUGAGUUAAAGCACAUCAAAGUAUACUAGGAUAAAGUCAAACAAGACAGCAAGAAAUAUUCCAGAAAACUUACCAAUCCAAUUAACACACGUACUACGCGAUUUGUGUUCUUGAACUAGUGUUAUGAAAUUACAUAAAGAUGAACUGGCUCUGUUUUUAUUGAAUCUAAUUACAUACAAUAAUAUAAUAAAGUAUAAAUAGUCAAAAUACAAUAUAACUUCACCAUGUCGAGUAUUUAGCAUGGCCGUAAUUUUAUAUUCGUUAGUAAUCCUUUAGCCUACUGGCGGCAAGGUUAUUCGACCUUUGAGAUUAGCUGAAGCUAUAAAGCUGAUGCUUAUCUAGUCUAAAGAUUGUGGACCACGAUGCCUUUUUUGGCUUCGUUUGUUAACACACGCCGCGCUGCCAUAUGACCCCUGUGCGUUUUACUUCCAGGAAGUGAUGCGACUUCAUCCGUUUGCUGUUCCAACUGCCGCAAUUCGCC